AUGUCUUUAGGACAGUGUUCUCCAGAUACAAUGCUUGGAGCAACUGAUCCGGGGAAAACUUCAAUCAGGAGCGUGGACCCUGAAACAGGUCUAGGAAUACUCCUCAAUGGGGACGAAAGCACUACAAAUUCCAUUUCAUAUGCUGCUUCUUGCUGUGGCGUCAUCAAAAGAUGGAGUUUCAAACCAAUCACAGCUGGAACAAUUAAAUUUCAAAUUUGGCGACCAACAACGACAACGGGGAUAUAUUCUCUCGUUGGAACCAACUCGUAUUCCGUCACAUCUUCUGAGCUUGAAAAGCAGGUGACUUAUGACGUAUCAGCAAGCGAAAGAAUCCGUGUACAACGCAAUGACGUAUUUGGAUUCUUUACAUCUUCUUUGGCAUCAAUUGGCUACAAAGAUCUCGGAGGAACAGCGUCAACGGUCGCCUACACAAAGUCUAUUACGAUAGGACCAUUGUCUGAGGGUGCCACGUUUGAUUGGAGUACAGGGACAGCACACGUAGACAGACGGGAGUACGCGCUACAGUGCACGCUGGACCCAGACAAUGCAGUAUCUCCAGCUUUCACAAACUUAGAUUACACACUGACUGUCUACGACGAAACUCCACCGGCCACGUCUUUGUAUACGGUUUCCGUCAUCGAGAGCCCAGAGGUUACCAUGACAACGGCCACAACCUUGUUUACGUUUGACUCGAACUCAAAAGUGUUAGUGAGUGCCGGACCGUUGCCGAUAGGGACUUAUGUUUUAGAGUUUGAGCUGUCAUCUGACUGUGGCUACACAGAUUCUAAAUCACUUAACGUCAUAGUGGUCAAUUCACUUCCAAUAAUUUAUGGCAUACCUUCGACCACUUCAAUUCGUGAGGACCACAGUUCUGAAAAAGUUAUGUUUUCUUUCAUCGUAUAUGACCGAUCACUGCCCAUGGAUACGAUCACGUGUAGUUUAGAUGCAACUCCUAGCACAGAUAUUUUUUCAUUGACCGAGGAAGGACCAGGUGGCUACGACAUUAAAAUUAAAGAUUCUCCGAAUUUGGAUUAUAUGGUGGUCCCUGAAUACACUCUAUCUGUAAGUUGUUCUGAUCAAAAGGAUUCCGUCACGGAGGUAUUCACUGUAGAAGUCACUGAAAACAAGGACCCCGAAGCGACAAAUCUACCUGCAUCAAUAGAAUAUAAUGCUCCGGAUUACCUGUCUGGUGACGUCAUCUAUUCUGUAUCAGCAACUGAUCCAGAAAAAGAUUCACUUUCCUUUAGUCUUACAUGUACAACAACACCGUGUCCGUUUGCAAUACACCCAAGAACUGGAGUAAUUACAAUGACUGCAGAUUUGACAUCGAUUGCCGUUUCCAGCCUAGAUCUGCUGGUAACAUUCAGUGAUGGCUACAACACUGUUGGACCUCUUCCUCUCUCUCUGACCAUUGUUGGCCUAAAUUCUCCACCAGUAAUUACAAAUUUACCCGUCAGUGAGCCUAUAUCUAUUCCUGAGAAUUCCCCUCAAUCUUUGUCAGUAUAUCAAAUACUGACGACGGACAACGACCCAGAUGAUGUACAUACAUACACAGCAUCAUUCAGCCCCACUAGCGGAGAGUCUCUUUUUGCGAUCGAUGAAAACAGUGGUUUAAUAUCUACUUCAUCCUCAUCUUACAUUGACUACGAAUCACUCUCAGUUGGAAGCUUUAUUAUGUCAGUUACUGUCUCGGAUGGAACUGGUCAGGAUAUUAAAGAAUUGCAUAUCGAUGUUACCGAUAUCAAUGAAGCUCCAACGUUUAUAUCCAAUACGUUUUCGAUUUCUGGAAACGAAGGAGAGGCUGGAACAAUACUUGAAAGUCCAGACUUUGGCGUCACAGAUCCUGAUGCUGAUUCUGUGCUGUCUUUCUCCAUUGCUUGUUCUGAGUUAAGCAUUGAUCCCAAUACAGGAUCUUUAUCCUUAAAGAGUGAUUACGAUGUGGAUAUUCCUGGAACACCAAUGUCCUUCACGUGCAAUGUGAUUGUGUCCGACGGGGAACUGACGGACACUGCCUCGUUGAAUGUCGUCAUCAAUAACAUCAAUGAUAACACUCCAACCUUUACAACAUCAACGUAUGAGUUCAGUGUGUUCGCUGAUAUUGCCGUUAACGAUAUAAUUGGAUCAGUAACUGCUUCCGAUGAUGAUAUCGGAGAAUUUGGAACAUUUACGUACAGUUUGGAUCAAAUAUCUCUUGGCAUGGAUUAUUUUGGAAUCCAUGAAGGCGGUCAAAUAUAUGUGAAAGAGAGUCUUUUAUCGUUCACAUCUGGAUCAUCACUAACAGUUACUGCAACAGACACCGGAGAUUUAUCGGGUUCCGCGACAGUCACAGUUGUAAUACUGAACAGUCCUCCUGUCAUCAGUAACCUUCCUCUAACGUCUGUCUUGACGGUGCCAGAAAACUCGGGUCUGUCUGCAUCUGUCUUUCAGGUGUUGGUAGAUGACAUCAAUUCCGAUGACACACAUACCUACACUGCAACAAUCAAUCCGGAAAUAGGAUCAUCAUUAUUCAGCAUUGGUGCUAAUAGCGGACUGGUAUCUACUUCAUCCUCUGAUGUGAUAGACUACGAAGAGAACUCUGUACACAGUUUUGUCAUGUCAAUCACUGUCUCAGAUGGAAAGGAUGUGAAUGUUAAACAAUUGCUUAUUGAUGUUACCAAUGUCAACGAGGCUCCAAUCUUUCUACGCGAUAUAUAUUUCAGUUCUGGGAGCGAAGGAGGGGCUGGAACAAUACUUGAAAGUCCAGACUUUAGCGUCACAGAUCCCGAUGCUGAUUCUGUGCUGUCUUUCUCCAUUGCUUGUUCUGAGUUAAGCAUUGAUCCCAAUACAGGAUCUUUAUUCUUAAAGAGUGAUUAUGAUGUGGAUAUUCCUGGAACACCAAUGUCCUUCACGUGCAAUGUGAUUGUGUCCGACGGGGAACUGACGGACACUGCCUCGUUGAAUGUCGUCAUCAAUAACAUCAAUGAUAACACUCCAACCUUUACAACAUCAACGUAUGAGUUCAGUGUGUUCGCUGAUAUUGCCGUUAACGAUAUAAUUGGAUCAGUAACUGCUUCCGAUGAUGAUAUCGGAGAAUUUGGAACAUUUACGUACAGUUUGGAUCAAACAUCUCUUGGCAUGGAUUAUUUUGGAAUCCAUGAAGGCGGUCAAAUAUAUGUGAAAGAGAGUCUUUUAACGUUCACAUCUGGAUCAUCACUAACUGUUACUGCAACAGACACCGGGAAUUUAUCGGGUUCCGUGACAGUCACAGUUGUAAUACUGAACAGUCCUCCUGUCAUCAGUAACCUUCCUCUAACGUCUGUCUUGACGGUGCCAGAAAACUCGGGUCUGUCUGCAUCUGUCUUUCAGGUGUUGGUAGAUGACAUCAAUUCCGAUGACACACAUACCUACACUGCAACAGUCAAUCCGGAAAUAGGAUCAUCAUUAUUCAGCAUUGAUGCUAAUAGCGGACUGGUAUCUACUUCAUCCUCUGAUGUGAUAGACUACGAAGAGUACUCUGUACACAGUUUUGUCAUGUCAAUCACUGUCUCAGAUGGAAAGGAUGUGAAUGUUAAACAAUUGCUUAUUGAUGUUACCAAUGUCAACGAGGCUCCAAUCUUUCUACGCGAUAUAUAUUUCAGUUCUGGGAGCGAAGGAGGGGCUGGAACAAUACUUGAAAGUCCAGACUUUAGCGUCACAGAUCCCGAUGCUGAUUCUGUGCUGUCUUUCUCCAUGGCUUGUUCUGAGUUAAGCAUUGAUCCCAAUACAGGAUCUUUAUCCUUAAAGAGUGAUUAUGAUGUGGAUAUUCCUGGAACACCAAUGUCCUUCACGUGCAAUGUGAUUGUGUCCGACGGGGAACUGACGGACACUGCCUCGUUGAAUGUCGUCAUCAAUAACAUCAAUGAUAACACUCCAACCUUUACAACAUCAACGUAUGAGUUCAGUGUGUUCGCUGAUAUUGCCGUUAACGAUAUAAUUGGAUCAGUAACUGCUUCCGAUGAUGAUAUCGGAGAAUUUGGAACAUUUACGUACAGUUUGGAUCAAACAUCUCUUGGCAUGGAUUAUUUUGGAAUCCAUGAAGGCGGUCAAAUAUAUGUGAAAGAGAGUCUUUUAACGUUCACAUCUGGAUCAUCACUAACUGUUACUGCAACAGACACCGGGGAUUUAUCGGGUUCCGUGACAGUCACAGUUGUAAUACUGAACAGUCCUCCUGUCAUCAGUAACCUUCCUCUAACGUCUGUCUUGACGGUGCCAGAAAACUCGGGUCUCUCGGCAUCUGUCUUUCAGGUGUUGGUAGAUGACAUCAAUUCCGAUGACACACAUACCUACACUGCAACAGUCAAUCCGGAAAUAGGAUCAUCAUUAUUCAGCAUUGAUGCUAAUAGCGGACUGGUAUCUACUUCAUCCUCUGAUGUCAUAGACUACGAAGGGUACUCUGUACACAGUUUUGUCAUGUCAAUCACUGUCUCAGAUGGAAAGGAUGUGAAUGUUAAACAAUUGCUUAUUGAUGUUACCAAUGUCAACGAGGCUCCAAUCUUUCUACGCGAUGGAUAUUUCAGUUCUGGGAGCGAAGGAGAGGCUGGAACAAUACUUGAAAGUCCAGACUUUGGCGUCCUAGAUCCCGAUGCUGAUUCUUUGCUGUCUUUCUCCAUUGCUUGUUCUGAGUUAAGCAUUGAUCCCAAUACAGGAUCUUUAUCCUUAAAGGGUGAUUACGAUGUGGAUAUUCCUGGAACUCCAAUGUCCUUCACGUGCAAUGUGAUUGUGUCCGACGGGGAACUGACGGACACUGCCUCGUUGAAUGUCGUCAUCAAUAACAUCAAUGAUAACUCUCCAACCUUUACAACAUCAACGUAUGAGUUCAGUGUGUUCGCUGAUAUUGCCGUUAACGAUAUAAUUGGAUCAGUAACUGCUACCGAUGAUGAUAUCGGAGAAUUUGGAACAUUUACGUACAGUUUGGAUCAAACAUCUCUUGGCAUGGAUUAUUUUGGAAUCCAUGAAGACGGUCAAAUAUUUGUGAAAGAGAGUCUUUUAACGUUCACAUCUGGAUCAUCACUAACAGUUACUGCAACAGACACCGGAGAUUUAUCGGGUUCCGCGACAGUCACAGUUGUAAUACUGAACAGUCCUCCUGUCAUCAGUAACCUUCCUCUAACGUCUGUCUUGACGGUGCCAGAAAACUCGGGUCUCUCGGCAUCUGUCUUUCAGGUGUUGGUAGAUGACAUCAAUUCCGAUGACACACAUACCUACACUGCAACAUUCAAUCCGGAAAUAGGAUCAUCAUUAUUCAGCAUUGAUGCUAAUAGUGGUCUGGUGAAGACGUCAGCAUUCACUAGAAUUGACUUUGAAUCAUUGUCGAAGAGGACUUCUGUAAUGCAAGUAACUGUCUCUGAUGGAGAAAUGGAAGAUGUUGGCCAGCUGAUACUUGAAAUCGCGGAUGAAAACGAGGCUCCAGUAUUUGGCAGAGACUCAUAUAACGUAUAUGGGAAUGAAGGGAAAGCGGGAGAACUAUUUGGACGAGUUGAAUUUGAUGUGAACGACCCAGAUACUGCGGAUGUUCUACGAUUAGAUUCUUUAUGCCCGGGCUUUGAUUUAGAUUCCAAUACGGGCGAAAUCACCCUGAGUGCUGAUUAUGACGUUGAUGUCCCAGGAACGCCCACAUCUGUUACAUGUGACGUAACUGUCAGUGAUGGACAGUUGACGGACACAGCAUUGUUGGUGAUUGGGAUUAACAACCUUAACGACAAUUCUCCCAUAUUCCACAACAAUUCGUACACAUUUGUAGUAAAGGUGAAUUCAUCCUCUGGAUCAUUUGUUGGAGUUGUUUCGGCAAUCGACAAUGAUGUAGGACAGUUCGGUAUAGUCAAAUAUCAGCUACUUGGAGUGGAAGAACAAAUCAAAUACUUUAAUAUUUCUGACGAAGGGGAAUUGAUGACUAAGGAAGUUUUGCCGAUCGAAUUUUCUUCAAAAGUUUUCGAACUUACAGUUAAAGCAGAAGAUGUAGAUGGAAAGUUUGACAAGGCUUCUAUUUUGGUUUUACUUGAGCCUCCUUCUGAUGUCAUGCCCAUGGUGAACGAUCGCCACCUGACAUUCCUGGAAGAUCCCAAGAACAUUGCUUGGGUAGCUACAGUCGGUGCUGUUUUAGCAUUGUGCGCUGGACUGGCUACGUUUGCCAUUAUUCGCAACGAGAUGACUCGUGUUGCUAAACCAUAUGCAUCCAACAAAAUUGACAAGUGGGUGGAGCCAAGAAAGAAAGGGUCUCCGGUUAGUUUAUCGUACAGCCAAUGGGAGCCAUGGCAUAUUAAGGACUUUUGAAAAGAUGUCAGUACAAUAUGGAAUGUGCGUGUUGGAAAAGAUUAGUUUUACCUUCCUGUUUGAACAACUUAAACUCUUAUUUUCUGACCUGUUUUAAUACCGAUGUACACAUUGAGUGAGCCAGUUUGGAUUUAGGUUGGAUGAGUGAAGAAAGAGUUUAUGUCACAUGAACUGUCACUUGGACUAGUUCAAGAAAUAUUUUACGCUAACAUGACCUUUAAUGACCGAUUUUGAAACAUCUCAGUGCUUUUUUAAUAAGAUAAAUAAAACCAUUUCAAUUGCUUUGUUUUGUAUGUUAUAAGCUAUUCUCUGGUCCUUUCUCUGCAAAUCUAACGGUUGGUCAAAAUAUAAACACACGUAAGCAAUUUGUGACAAUUGACUUGUAUUGUGAUUUAUUCAUCGUCUUGCGUGUAAUAGUUGCACAUAAAGUUUAUGUCUUGAACAGAUUUUGAAUGUCAAACGGGUGUCACCUUCAACUUAAUUAAGAAGGGAUUCGAAAGGAUGUGUUAUGUACCUGUAAAGCCAGAAUUUCAAAUCUUGUACUGUUAUAUCUCUUUUCCGUGUGUGAGUGGGUUGGGGACCUAAAAAUAUAACGAUCAAAAUGAUUUUCCUCCAAUACAUUUAAUAUUUAAUUAAAAAAGUCAACAAAUUCUAAUAUGCAAAUGAACUUUUAUUCCGAGAUAGCAGUUUUUCAGCAACUUUGUUACAGCUUUAAACACAAUCAGGACUUCACAUCCGUA